AUGAAAUACCAUAAUCAAACCCUUAUAGCACGGCUAAAUUCAAUCCUGCCCUAUAAAUGUUUCUGCAUCAUCAGUCCCUCCAGAAAGAGAAAGAGAAGAGAAAGAGAGAUGAGGGCUGCAAGUGCAAACACACUCUCAACCUCCAGGACUCCAUUAUGGCGAUUGAAUUCUCCCCUACCCUAUCUCUUUAUCAGCGUAGCUCUGACGUUAGGGUUCAUUACCAUAGCGCUCAUCAUUCUCGUCUGUUCACGGUACCGGAAACAAUCUUCCAACUCAUGGAUUCAUUCAGAAGAGAAAUCUGAAACUGUGAAACCAAAGAAUACCGAGACCGAUCUCACGCCGAAUAUCCUCGUCAUCAUGGCCGGGGACGAGAACCCCACCUACCUUGCAACGCCGGUGUCUUCUUCUUCAACCCACUGUAGCGUCGGACGUGCCUGAAUUGUCAUGCUUUGCUGUUGGUCAUUGAAGACGACCGAUCAUGGCUGCAGAGAAAAGUUUUAUUUCAUCUGAAAUGGUUUUUUUUUUUUGGGCAAAUAGCACUUUGU